AUGUCUAUGAAAAUAACCUUUCCGCAUACAACCGCCACCCUAUUUUUACCGUCUAUGAAUUGCGUCCUCGUGGGAUUUCCAGUAUUGGAGCUCGUGGUGAGUAUUGGGGACACAGCCGGAGGUAAUGGGUUCUUAUCUAGAAUGACUACGUUGAGGUCAGUGAGUGAGACUCUGCUUAUAUAUCCACCAAAUGACCAACUUGUUGUUCAAAUAUUUGCUAGUAGUUUUACACUUCUAGAAUGGGCUCGCUUAUUAUUUGACAAAUAUUUCUUUGCUUUCACUGCUAACCAUGCGCAACGCCGGAUGAACUUUCAUAGUUUCAAUUCAACGGCGCGAAACGAUACGAAACUUUCACCCCAACUCAAAAAGAAAUAUCAUAAAAAGCUAGAAAUUCAGAUAUAUCUCCGCCACUGGUACACACCAUCGAAACUCCUCUCCCUCCUACCACCGACAAUCAUGGUGAACCCGAUGACCACAUCACAGCCCGCCCAUCCAGGUAUGUCCCUCGCGAUGCUUAAGGCUACAUUCGAACAUGAGAGUUCUACACUACGCGAAAAUUGCCCUAUCUUAAACAAUAUCCCUCCACUGGUGUUAAAGAGAUUGAAAGACCUCAGAUUCAGAAUCCAGAAAGGCACUUACGCAGUUGUUGACCAAGCUCCAGGCCAGGUUUUCGGACCAUAUAGCCUCGUUCCGCCGAGAUCGCGACCGCAAGUACAACCCAUGCAGAAUAUACCGGCAGCAGAUAGGAAUCUUAGACACCUGGAACCGCAGUUGAAGCGAGACUUAAGUGUUUACGGCGGUCAACCUGCGCCACAACGUCCCGUGAUGCCACAAAAUCCACCUCCACAACGUUUCCUACACGGCCCUGCCCAGAACCAGCCUCAGCAGCAAUAUUACCAAAAACAACAGCAACCUCAACUGGGCAUUCUGCCUCCAGGAACCGUUUCUAACGAACAGCUCUGGGCCCUCUUACUCCGUGUUGAUCGAAUGAUGCAGCUCAACCAACAAAACAUGAGGGUCCUCAACAGUAAUGUGGGAAACCUGGCAAAUGGAAUAAUUCUGCUCAGGAGGGACUUAGAUCUUGUGCGUGGGCGAGCCGUGCCACCUAGAGAAGGAGGAGGUAGGAAUGCACAAGGAGGUGUAAACUUAUAUGACAAUGCAAAUGCUCAUCAAACUGGAAGUCGAUUUCAGCAUGGUCUGAAGCGAAAGGGAUCCCCAGAUCCGUCACCGACUCCUAAACUGAAGCGAGAAAAGGAAUGA